GGUCUGCACCAAUCAGCGCGCGCGUUGUUGGGCGCUGUGGGGAGCGGGCCGGCGCUGAGGGGACGAAGGAGCCAAGAUGGUUCUGGAGAGCACCAUGGUGUGCGUGGACAACAGCGAGUACAUGCGGAACGGGGACUUCCUGCCGACGCGGCUGCAGGCGCAGCAGGACGCCGUCAACAUCGUGUGCCACUCCAAGACGCGCAGCAACCCCGAGAACAACGUGGGGCUCAUCACCCUGGCCAAUAACUGCGAGGUGCUGACCACGCUGACCCCGGACACCGGGCGCAUCCUGUCCAAGCUGCACACGGUGCAGCCCAAGGGCAAGAUCACCUUCGGCACCGGCAUCCGCGUGGCGCACCUGGCGCUGAAGCACCGGCAGGGCAAGAACCACAAGAUGAGAAUCAUCGCCUUCGUGGGCAGCCCCGUGCACGACAGCGACAAGGACCUGGUGAAGCUGGCCAAGCGCCUGAAGAAGGAGAAGGUCAACGUGGACAUCAUCAACUUCGGGGAGGAGGAGGCCAACACGGAGAAGCUGACGGCGUUCAUCACGGCGCUCAACGGCAAGGACGGCAGCGGCUCCCACCUGGUGACGGUGCCGCCGGGGCCCAGCCUGGCCGACGCCCUCAUCAGCUCCCCCAUCCUGGCGGGCGAGGGCGGCGCCAUGCUGGGGCUGGGCGCCUCCGACUUCGAGUUCGGCGUGGAUCCGAGCGCUGAUCCUGAACUGGCUCUGGCCCUGCGCGUGUCCAUGGAGGAGCAGCGGCAGCGGCAGGAGGAGGAGGCGCGCAGGGCGGCCGCGGCCUCGGCGGCGGAGGCCGGGAUGGGAGCCACCGGCGGGGAUGAGUCGGACGAGGCCCUGCUCAAGAUGACCAUCGGGCAGCCGGACUUUGGCCGCGCGGGGCUGCCGGACCUGAGCUCCAUGAGCGAGGAGGAGCAGAUCGCCUACGCCAUGCAGAUGUCCCUGCAGGGCGCCGAGUUUGCCCAGGCCGAGGCGGCCGAGGUGGACAGCGGGGCGGCCAUGGACACCUCCGAGCCCGCAAAGGAGGAGGACGACUACGACGUGAUGCAGGACCCCGAGUUCCUGCAGAGCGUGCUGGAGAACCUGCCCGGCGUGGACCCCAACAACGAGGCCAUCCGCAACGCCAUGGGCUCGCUGGCCUCGCAGGCGCACCGCGAGCAGGGCCGCGACCGCGAGCACCGCGGGAGCGAAAGGACUGCGGCAAGAAUGGAGCAACAACGAGCCAUCCGGCAACGAGGCUGCGCUGCGGGAACUGCGGAAUAA